AUGCAAGUCCCUUGGAUACAAAUGCAACAAAAAUCUCUGUCUUUUUCGGGCAAAAACUUUGAAUGCUCUAGCCAUAAAACCAGUCUUUACAACCUUAACUAUCCUUUCAUCAAUCCUUCGACUUACACUUUCCGAGUGAGUAACCCGGAGGGUGUUUCUGUUGCGGUUAAGCCAACGAGCUUAAAGUUCACCAAAGUUGCAGAGAAAAAGACGUUGAAGGGCAACGCGAGAAUGGCUAAAAGUUAUGUGUUUGGAGACUUGGUUUGGUCAGACAAGAAGGAUCGUGUAAGGAGUCCCAUUGUGGUGAAGCUCUGCCUUUGGUUUGAUCUAUUAAAAGGAACUAACUAG